AUGGCCUCUCAAACGGAGUUUUCGAGCUUCUGGCCUCCGCUACCUUCUCCGCAGAAUGGGGAGGACGCUGAAGCCCUUGGCUGUGGGCUUUCGGAGGGAACGUCGACGGUGCCGAAGUCCAUGGUCUCCUUCCCGUCCACGUUGCAUCCACAAGGCAUGCCAGUCUUUGGCUGGCUACCACCCCGCCAUGCGUUGAAGCCGCAGCGGCGGAUCAUCAUUGGCCGGAAGCAGCACAAGAGGAGGAUCGAGACCCUCGAAGCCGAGGUGGUGGCCUUGUUCGAAGAGCUCCGAGAGGACUUUCCCAAAUCGGACUCCCUCAAGCGGCUACCCCUCUUCUUCAUCACCGGCCCACGUUUUAAGCGGAAGUUAGACGAGUACCUGCGCGCGAGGCUGCGGAAAGGCGUGCCGUCGCUCUUCCGUACCCUCCGGUCCUACUACUACUCGCCGGGGGAGCCCGAGACGGUGGAGGAACUCCUGCUGCAGUACGCGAAGUGUCUGCGGGAGGCGCGGGUGGAAGCCGACCAUGGUCCGUGGAAAGCCGACGGACAUCUCUUGGUCGGCCCACUCAGCUGGUGCAAGGGGCGGAGCGAGACAUUCGUCUUGGAAGAAGGGGAGUCGGUCUGGCUCAACUGGCUCAACAGCAGUAGGUUUGGACCUCUCAGUGGAGAGCAAAGUGAGCCUCCCAAGAUGAGCGACGAAGAACCCCCCACUGCGCUGCUGUUCACCUUGAUGACUCUGGCAGAGCAUUUCGACUUCAUGGGGGAGACGCAUAAGGCGUUGGAGUACGUGAAUGAAGCCAUCGAGCACACACCCACCUUGGUGGAACUCUAUGCAUGCAAGGCUCGGAUCUACAAGCACGCUGGUGACCUGGAGACUUCGGCCAAGUGCUACGAGGAGGUCCGUGAGAUGGACUUGGCCGACCGAUACCUCAAUACGCAGUGCGUCAGGGCGCUCUUGAGGAUCGAUGAGACCCAGCAGGGAAUGGAGAAGGCACUUCUCUUCUCCAAGGAGCCCGACUCACAAGAGGCGGCGAACCUCCAUGAGAUGCAGUGCAUGUGGUACGAGUCCGCCGUGGGCCGUAGCUACUACCGGCAGAAGAAGUACGGCAAGGAGUGGGCGGCUUUUCUCCACUACGGUCUGGGCAUUCUGGUGACCAUCGGUGCCUACAGUUUUCUACAAGAGCGCAUCGUCUCAAAGGACUACGAUGGAGAAAUCUUUAAGGCGACCAUGUUCUUGGUCCUGUGUAAUCGCCUGGUGUCCAUCGUCUAUGCGCUCUUUAUGAUCACUUGCAAAGGAGAGAGUUGGAGAAAGCAGGCUACGCUCUGGAAAUAUGUGGUCGUGUCCUUUUCCAACAUGCUUUCAACGUGGUGCCAAUACGAAUCCUUGCGCUAUGUGAGCCUGAUCCUACAGACGGUGGCGAAAACCUUCAAGAUGCUACCGGUGAUGCUGGUGGGGAUUUUGAUCUCCAAGAAACGCCACUCUUUGACCGAAGUCGUGGUCGUCGCAUGCUUGACGCUGGGGCUUUGUCUCUUCGUGGCAGGCGGAGAUGUCAGCUCUGAAAACGCCGAGGGAUCCAGCAUCUACGGCAUCUGCCUGCUGGCCGCUUUCCUGGGCUUUGACAGCUUUACCAGCAAUUUUCAGGAGAAGCUCUUCAAAGAGGACAAUAUGUCCAAGUACAACCAGAUGCUCUAUAUGAACUUGAGUUCGGCCAUUGUGGCCACCAGCAUCUUGCUGGCGACUGGCAGGUUCCCAUACUGCGCCUCCUUCGUGGCGGUUCACAGCGGCUUUGCCGGCCAUGUGCUGACCCUCUCCCUCUCAGCUGCUGCCGGGCAGUUCUACAUUUUUUCGAUGGUCCAGCGGUUUGGCGCGUUGGCCCUGGCUGCGGCCAUGAAUGCGCGGCAAGUGACCACGAUCUUUCUCUCCUAUCUCACCCAAACGCAGCCUCUCACCUGGGUGCAGAGAGUGGGGUUGAUCAUCCUGUGCCUGGCCUUGGCCUUCAAAGCCUCCCGUAGCUUUGUCUUCUUUCAGAACCAUGAGAAGGAGCUCAAUGGCUCAGAUCCACCCCGCAAUGACUUGGAGAAUGAUGUGCCCGAUGGCAAUGCCGAGGAUGAGACCAAUCCCUUGGUCGGCGGCAAGGCGAAGUCCCUAGAGCUCGUGCAGGUCGUCGGCGCGACCCGCGCGCACGCCGCGGCGGCCUCGCCCUGA